UACUUUUUUUUCACAAAAAGAGUAGGCUACAUACUUUUAGGGCGUAGUAUAAGUAGGCGAAUUGGGGCGCAGAAUGCAUCUCCAAGCUGUCCCGCGGGAGGUUUAAAUAGCGGAAGUGACGCAGCUGAGCUGGUUGGACGCAGCCGUUGGUUGUGUUGACAUGGAGGCGAUCAAACAAAAGUCUCUCGUCAGCCUGUGCUCCUGUUGUCCGCGGCCAGUAAAAGCCUUCCUUCAGUGAACUAUGAGACUCUUUGUCAAAAAAGCCCGUGUGUGUGUGAGAGAGAGGAGCUGAUGAUCUGAGAGAAUGAGGAGGAAAGCGAGUGUUUUGAGGCUCAGUCCGAAUGAGGAGGCGCAGCUGGUGCGCGAGGAGCUGGAGAGCCGGAGGAAACUGCGCCUGCAGCAGGUGCGCGAGCAGGAGCGCUACAUCGCGCGGCAGGUGCGGCGGCAGGUGGAGGAGCGCAGACAGCAACAGCUCCAGAUGCUCUCGGACUCACUCCAGCUCGAGUGGCAGCAGCAGCGCACGCUCAAACUGCAGGCCUUGUCCACGCUCUACCAGCACAGCCUGGAGACCGUCGGGGACGCCCACCGCAGCGCGCACGACAACGAGCCUGAUCUGGAGGCGUUGGCUGAGAAGAGUGUGGAGAGGCAGGAGCGAGCGGAAGAGAGACAUCGGGAAGCUCUGCGAGAGCUCAGCGCCCGCCGACACGAGGAGGAGCAGCAGCGCUGCAGGCUCAUCGAGGCUCGGAGGAAGGCUCUGGUGGAGGAGAAGAAGCGCGCCGUGAGAGUGGCCAGUCUGCCGCCGCCGCCGCCAAACCCAGUGGAGAGCAUCGGGAAGCCCACGCCACGGCCACUCAGGGCAGCCGCAGAGCUCUUCUCGGUCACACACUGUCACAUGCCUUCCUCCGCUGUGGACAGAGAGACACACACCGAGCAGCAGCCCAGCGCUCGACAGGCCGCGGCUCUGGAGCUCCAGCGGCUGGAGGAUCUGCGGAGAGAGGCCGCUCGUGAGCGACAGGAGCAGCUGGAGAAGGCUCGUCUCAGGGGGACACACGCGCUCCGCAGAGAGCAGCACACACAGGACCGUGUGCGGCUGCUGUCCGAGCUGGAGCGACUGCAGACGGCUGAUCUGCUGCGCCGCAGACAGGCGGUCCACAGUGUGCCGGCGCAGAUCUUCCAGCCUCUCUACAGACACGAGGAGCUCCGGGACGAGCAGCAGCGGGAGCUGGAGAUCGCCUUUCAGGACGUGUACACGCAGGAGCGCAAGGUCAAAGGUGACGUGGUGCUGCAGCUCGUACCCGAGCCUCUUCCUCCUCUGUCUGCAGCCAGUCAUGACGAGGAGCUGGACGUGACCCUUGACCCUGAAUGUACACCUGAAGGGGAGGAAACGCCUUCUGAAACAGCCAGUGGGCAGCCAAUCAGAGAGCAGCAUGGCAGGUCUGCAGCGACGGCAGAUCCUGGUAGACACGCUCUGAGGAGACUGCUGGACCGCAUCAGGAGCCAGAGAGACCGCCAGCGGGCCGCAACACUGACGUCACAUGAUGGAGAUGAUGAUGUGGGAGUCUCGAGUGUUGAAACGGGAUCUUUGAGCAGCCAGGAGAAAGCACCAGAGGCCAGUUUAGAAGAACAGACGCCCAGCCUAGCGCACACUGACGACGGGCCUGACGUGAGCGACGAAGCCGUAGUUGCAGGGACGCUGCUGCCGCCAGAGGAGCGAGGCCAGCCGGAGCCGGCGUCCGCCGAGAGCCAGAGGAGAGCAGCCCACGAGGCGGCGCUGUUGAGGCGGCAGGAGGAGCAGCUGGCGGUGCUGGAGGAGCUGGAGCAGAAGCGGCGUGAGCUGGAGCAGCGCCUGAGAGAGACACAGAGGAGCCACACACUGCAGGAUGAUGAAGCUCAAAGCCGUCCUGGGCUCCCGGAGAGUGCAGCGCCUCCAGAGGAUGAGCUGCACACGCAGAGACUCCAUCAGUACCAGCAGAGACUCCUGCAGCAGAACAGGCUUCAUCAGAAGAGCGUGGAGGAGGCGAGGCGACGCCUGCAGGAGUAUCAACACACACUGAAGCUGCGAGCGUCACUCCAGCAGGCGUCGGUGAGCUCAGAGACCCUCAGUGACGGCACACGCUCGGCUCUUCCAGGAGGAGAACCGGCUGGUCCUCUUCCAGCACUUCCACAGGCUCUGCUCCGCCCACCCGAACCUGUCGGCUCCGAGCCAUCGCUGGACGCCCGUACUCCUCUUCCUGCUCCCGCUGUGGUCCUGGAGCUCCUGCGCAGCCGGCCUCAUCCUGCUGACGUCAUCACUGGUGUCGAGAGCGGGGUGGAGGAGACGAGGCGGCACAUGAGGCGACAGCGAGACGCCCUGCAGGCGCUGAUCACAGCUGACACACAGGCUUCAGUGUCCAGCUCUAGUGGCGCUCAGGCGGAUCACAUGACUCUGAACACGUUGUUGAAGACCAUUGAAGAGGCUAACGGCCACACCAGACCCCCGACAGCACCCAUCCAGCGGGACGGAGACACGCCGGCCCUCGCUAACGACGGUGUGUGUGAGCCGGCCCGUGUGAGAGUGAAGCCCCCGGUGUCUCGAGCUCCCGCUCGUCUGGCGUUCCUCGGGCAGAUGCAGCAGCACGAGCUCAGCGCCAUACAGGAAGUGGACUCGCCCCUCAACAUCAGCCUGGACACAGAGCUGCGGUCGUCCUCUGCUGAUGUGAGAGCGUCCAGCAGUGCGUCUCUGCCCGCGCUCGCCUCUGCCGGCAGCCACAGCCUGAGCGAAAGGUCACAGGUCACGGGCAGGACCAGCCGCAUGUCCUGGAGAGACAUGCUCCUGCAGGACUCCACUUCCUCGCCAGGUCCGUGCCCCGUGACGCUCCAGCAGGAGCGGUUUAGCACUGACUGUCCAUCAUCUGUUGAUCCAGACUAUCUCUCAUCCACUACGAUCUCAACGGGAAGCUACUUCACUAGUGAGCAUGAGCCAGAGGAUUCUGGUCUCAGUGUGGAUCCUGAUCCCACCGCUGACACGAGCCGCUCUGUGCAGCGCAUCAUCGACAGAUACAGCCAAGAGCUCAACGCUUCACUGACACGCGCAGGAGCGGCGGACGGCAGUCCAGCGGGUCAGUCCUGGUCCAGUGCGCUUCGCGACGGAGACGCUCACGUCUCAGCUCCAGGUGCUUUCCUGCCGCUUCAUCCCCAUCCAGACGUUGACACCUCAUCAUCUUCCUCUUCUUCAUCUAGAAAUGCAGUGAGAGCCGAUCAGAGCCGCCAGGGCUGGAGCGAGGCCGUGACCCGGAUCCUUGAGCGCCUGUCUGAUCAGCUGUCCAUCCGACCCGGUGAACCCCCGUCUGAGGCGUCUUCGGAGCGGGACAGGGCUUCAGACUCUGAGCUCCUUCAGUCCGCCGUGAGCCAGUUGAUCGGCACCGCGUCAGACAUGGGUUCGUCUCAGGUGUUUGAUCAGAGCAGCGCCUGCGCAGCCGCAGUGGUGAGCAGCUCCGGUCCGGACCGGCCCGCUGAUGUCGGGUCACUGAUGUCACCGGCCUCACUGCACUCAGACGAGGACAGGAACGCUUCUACUGACGCCCCACGCGAUGACGCCUCGGAUCUGUUUCUUCCUCUGCCCUCUGAUGUCACAAACAACGAGAGCGUGGACUGUUCGACGGCUCUCUGUGUCCCGCUGGAAGCAGAGAAGUGUGGCACGGAUGCAAGCGUGGACGAGGCCUCUGAUUGGCUGAACUCGACAGACCAGUCCCUGCAGCUCCUGCGCGCAGACGCACUGACUCCGCCUCGAGCGGACCUGCAGAUGUCCGUGGAGCAGCUCUCUCUUUCCCACGAGUCCCUCUGUGAGAACCAUGACAUGGACGCUAGCCUCGUGCCACGCUCCCCUCUCCAGACCCGUCUACAGAAAGAAAUCCUUGCACCCGCAGCCCAGUUACCCUCGCAGGAAGUGAUGUCAGCUGUGGAGGAAAACACGCUGAGCGAGCUCCUGGAGAGAGCACAGGCGGCGGGUGACGUGAAGGGCAUCCUGGAGGAGUCCACCAUCUCCUUCAUCAGCCUGCCAGAGUCCACCCUACAGGACCUCAGUGAAGACUUGGGGAGUGAGCCACAGGAGGGCACAUCUGACUGCAGGGAGGGCCAAGCGCAGAGCCGUCCGGUGGAGGACGACAGCCAAUCAGAGGAGCCAGAGCCGUCGUUCCCUCAUGCUGUGAUGCUGCUGGAGUUUCAGAGCGCUCCUGCUCGGCGGCAGCGGCGGGACGGUCUGGCUCACAGGUCAGCGCUCCGAGUCGCUCAGAUCCGAGCCAGACGCCUCGAGCGGCGCGCGUCCACCGCAGCACACGCUGACGAAGCGGGCACGCCUCAACACACACUGAAGAGUGUCGCUGAGGUCAGGAUCUGCACCGCCGCUCAGAGACGCGUGGAGGAGGCAGAGAUGCACCGGCGCACACAGAGAUUGUACAGUCAGUUGGAGGAAGUCAAGCAGCAGAAGGAGUCCCGGAGCCGUCAGGAAGCGUACGCCAGGAACCGGGAGAAAGCCAGAGAGUUCCAAAGGAAGACGCUGGAGAGACUGAGGGCCAAACUCCAGCCGUGACGUCUGUGCUGCGCCUGAUUAAAAUCUCUAGCACUUUUAUCUGUAUGUCUGUAUGUUGUGUAUUUUAAGUAAAAUGUUCUUUAAUUUAA